AUGGCUGCCACCCAGACCGCUGAAUGGAAGGCUGUGUGCGAGAAAUUUCGCCUCGCCCAAGAGCUUUCCGAAGUAGAGUCUAAAAAAGACCCCGAGAAUAAUCCUUUCCGGUCGAAGUACAAAGCGAGAGACUUGCUGAAGGAAAUUCGUUGUUCUUUGAAAAAAAUUGAGAGCGAGGAGGAGAUUGAGGUUAGCAAUGAAGCUGACUGCGAGUCCGGGCAGAUGGUGGAUGAAGGACCGGAGAAUGAUGCUGGGAAGGCGUGUGCCGGGGAUUCUCCAGCCGGUCUGAGAUCGGCGAGAAUCGCGGUGCUUGAGUACUAUCUCGGCGUGAACCACGUAGAGACCGAAGAGCUGGCCGCCGGAGAGCAGCAUCUCACGACCUGCAUGAAACUCAUCGACAAGUGCACGACUUCACGGGAGAACGUGACAUUGUAUAUACAGGCCCGGAAUCAGCUCGGUGUUCUGUGGGCUGGAAGAGAUGAGAUCGAGAAAGCGCAAGGAUUUCUGGAAAUUGCUGAAUCAAUGUAUUUGCUGUACAUGAAAGAGGAUGGUCAACCACCAAUGGAUCUUGAAGAUUUUUUCGUUCCAGAAGGUGAAGGAUUAUCACAACAGGAGAAGACAAGAAGAUUUGAAAUGGCUUAUACUCACACGCUUUAUUACUUGGCUCAAGUGUACAAGAAUCUACAGCAGUAUGAAAGAGCUGGACAGUACUGUCAUACUACACUACAGAGACAGCUGGAGUACAAGCAGUUUGUGCCACUUGAGUGGGCCAUUAAUGCCGCUACAUUGUCACAAUACUACAUCAACAAGACAUGUUUCAUGGAGGCUCGUCAUUGUUUGGCUGCUGCUAGUGUCAUUGCCAACCUUGCUGGAGAAAUCCCCUCAGAGGCAGCUGCUAAAGAAAGUGAGGCUGAAAGUGAAAGACGUGAAGAGCUGCUUCAGAAACGAGCCGAAAUUGCCAGAUGCUGGAUCAAAUAUUGCCUCAAUCUUCUUCAAGAUGCUAAAAAGCUUCUUGAGGAUAAUAUCGGCGAGCUAGACUUAGAUCGGCAGGAUGAACUGAAGAGAACUCGUCGGAAUGAAGAGGAAGACAAAGAGAAGGGACGAAAGAGUGCCGUACUUUUUGGUUCAAGCGAUACGUUCGACUCCAUUUGCAGCCUGGAAGAGAAAGUAAGCAGCGUGUUUCCUUUGGACUUUGAUGAAGCCCGUGCCAUCUUCCUGGUGGGUCAGUGCUACGUAGCCCAGGCCAAGGAGUAUUUUGCAAUGGAUGGUCAUGUGACGGAUCACAUUGAGAUCUUGCAGGACCACAGCGCUCUCUUCAAGGUCCUAGCUUUCUUCGAACUGGAUUUGGAGCGCCGUUGUAAGAUGCACAAGCGUCGGGUCGACAUGAUGGAACCGAUCUGUAAGGAUUUGAAGGCUCAGUACUAUUUGCUUAUCUGUCGGCAGCUUCAGUUCGAGCUCGCAGAAACCUACUAUGAGAUGAUGGACUUGAAGUUGGCCGUGGCCGAGAGGCUGGAUCAGGUCGAUGUGCACACCAUUAAAAAGUUUAACCACUUGUGUUCCUCUUCGAUGAAGUAUUAUCAGAUGUUUCUUGACUCCCUCCGCUCACCAGAAGGCAAAUUUCCAGAAAAGCUUGAGGAUGACGUGCUGAGGCCAGCGCUGGUGGCCAGGUUCCGUAUCGCCAGACUUCAGUCCAAGCUCAUGCACAGUGAUAUCCCAACUCAAUUGGAAAAUCUCACCCUUUCUUUAGAAUCGUACAAAUUUGUAGUACAAUACUGUGAGGAACACCCAGAAUCCAGAAAGGCAGUAGAAACCGAGCUAGAGUUGAGUGAAGAGAUGGUCUUGCUGCUGCCUCUGAAAAUCAACAGAAUUCAAUCCAAAAUUGUCCCCUCCACCUGACAUCAGAUUAACAUGGGCUGUUAAUAACUCACAUGUGUGCCACAUUAAUAUAGAAACGACUGGAAAAUAUACUAAACCGUGCCAGAACUUUCAUUUUUCCCAGGGUUAGAUGCAUCUUAUCAACAGUCAUACAGUAGAAUCCUCUUGUUAGGACCUCUCUCACUUCUGUUAAUGCCUGUCACUCUCUCACUGACGUAACUGCAUGAUUUACAGUCACUAAUGUCUUUAAAUGUGCAAUAUACAAGUUGAAUAUUCUUUUUUUAUGUGCAAUGUUCUUUCAUAUAUGAUCAAUGUUUACUGAUGUUAAAUAAAAUGUACUAUUAAUGUAUUUCAAGCCAAUAAAUAAACAUACAGAACUGA